CUCACAAUUGAAAAGCUUUCCAGAAAUCUUGGAGCCUAUGGAGAAGCUAAAGAAACUUUGGUUAAAUGGAAGUGGGAUUGAAGUGAUGCCAUCAACAAUAGAGAAUCUUGUUGUGCUUGAUGAGCUAAACUUGUGCAAUUGCAAAAAUCUCAAGUGUAUUCCAACCACCAUUUGCAAGCUGAAGUCUCUUAUAGCAUUAUAUAUGAGUGGUUGCUCACAAUUGAAAAGUUUUCCAGAAAUCUUGGAGCCUAUGAAGAAGCUAGAAGUGCUUUGGUUAAAUGAAAGUGGGAUUGAAGUGAUGCCAUCAACAAUAGAGAAUCUUGUUGUGCUUGAUGAGCUAAACUUGUGUGAUUGCAAAAAUCUCAAGUGUAUUCCAACCACCAUUUGCAAGCUGAAGUCUCUUACAGCAUUACAUAUGAGAGGUUGCUCACAAUUGAAAAGUUUUCCAGAAAUCUUGGAGCCUAUGGAGAAGCUAGAGAAACUUUAUUUAGAUGAAACAGGGAUUGAAGAGAUGCCAUCAACAAUAGAGAAUCUUGUUGUGCUUGAUGUGCUAAGCUUGCGCUAUAUCAAAAAUCUCAAGUGCCUUCCAACCACCAUUUGCAAGCUGAAGUCUCUUACAACAUUAUAUGUUAUUGGUUACUCACAAUUGAAAAGCUUUCCAGAAAUCUUGGAGCCUAUGGAGAAGCUAGAGGUACUUUAUUUAAAUGGAAGUGGGAUUGAAGUGCUACCGCCAUCAAUUGAACGUCUAGUUACUCUUAAAUAUUUAGGUUUAACUAGAUGUAAAGAUCUCAAGUCUAUUCCAACCAACAUCUACAAUAUGAGAAACAUUUCUAAAAUCAUUAUUGAUGACCCAGAACUAAAAAAUUUGUCAUAUUGUGGUUUUUCCUCAUUAAUACUAUCAGGUCCCAGUGAAGCCAUUGCUAGUCAAUUACGUGCAGAAGUUCAAAAUUCCAAGUGCAGAAGUUCUUGCCCUAUCACAAGUAUAAAUGUUUUAUUCAUAUUACAUUCUGAUGGACUCAAAUGUGGCGCCGGCAUUCCAUUCGCUUGUUGUGAGUGCUUUCUAUUUUACUCGGUGCAUAAUAUUUUGGCGAGCCAAUAUUUUGAGUAUAAUAUUUACCGGUGUCGCGAAAUUUCCAAAAUUUUGCGUGAUGAAUGUUAUUAUGGUGAAGAAGAAGAUCAGGAUUUAAUAAGUUGUCCAAAAGCAAGUUUUUGCUAUUCAGGAAAUGCAAUUCCUCGAUGGUUUACUUAUCAAUCUGUGGGUUCAUCAAUAGAAGUAAACUUGGUUCCCUCUUCGGAUAAUUAUUUCAGCUUCUUAGGCUUUGCUAUAUGCAUUGUCGUUGAUUUUGAUCCGUGCACUUCAAAUCCUGGUGUGGUGGACUUAAAUUGUGAAUACCAUCUCAAAAGCAAUGAUGGUCAAAGUUCCAAAUUCUGUUCAAUUCUACUGCGACAAAAAGCUACUCAUGAUUCUGAUGGAGAUUCUAAUGUAGACAACAAUGACAUUUUAGACUGGUCAUCGGGCAAUGUGUUCAUAUCGUAUCUUUACCGAAAAGGAAAGGAAAUCAAAUCAGCUAAUAACGGUGUUGCUUCCAAAAUUCUCUGCGACUUUAUGUGGUGGUCCUCAACUACUGCUUCGCUAUCUUCUUUUGUUUCAAAAGACUUUCUAGUUUUUGGGUUCUUUCAUUUUAUAUAUAUUUUCGUUGUAAUGCAUCGCACUCUUUUUCCCCUCUAGAGCUUUUUCUCACUGAGUUUUACUCUUUAGGGGUUUUAACGAGGCUUUGUUAUAGCAUAUAUUUAAUAGUUUUGUUAUGGAUUUAUUUUGGGGUGUUUAGUUUGUUUGAUUCUUAUUUGUAAUCCUAAACUCUGUAUUCUUAUAUAUAUUGGAUAGAAUGCAUAAGAUAGCUUUAGAGUUGGGUGCCGACCUAGUUGGGAUGCUUCUCUAUUAGCUUGAUGCUUGUGUAUUCCUCAAUAACUAUAUAUCGAUUUGUGUUGACA